UUGGUGCGUGCUCAGUUUCCAACUGCAUGUGUUUAGCGAAGCAUCGUAUGCUCUUCUACAGAUUAUUUUGUCUAGGUUCUUUAAUAACAACGCGUGCAUCUUCCAUUACUCUUUCGACAAGUGCGAGAAAUACGACGAGCACGAUGUCGGCGCACAAGACAUUCAUUAUCAAGCGGAAGCUUGCGAAAAAGCUGAAGCAAAACAGACCGAUCCCACAAUGGGUGAGAAUGCGGACCGGCAAUACUAUCCGGUACAAUGCUAAGAGGCGACACUGGAGGAGAACCAAAUUGAAGCUGUAAUAAGUUCUCUGUACCUCCUAUUGGAAAUUAAAGUUAAAAUAAAAAGACCUCGUUACAUAUUCAUGUAUAUUUGUGUAUAUUAAUUUCCAUAUAUCAGUAAUUACAGAGAACUCGACACUUUA